AUUACGAUAGGAAUUACGGGAAGAGAUAGAGGGAGUUGGGAGGCGAUGGGCUCCCUCCCUAAGACCCUACCUCUUUUAUCGUUUAUUUCCUCUCUUAUCUUCUAAAAUAAAUAAAAUAAUAAAAAAGAAAAGAAAAAAUCGGUGUGGAAGGCAUACUAAUAGAACAUCGUUAUAAAAAUAACCCCCCAUUUUCCCAAAUUAUUGUUAUUCCUCCUCUCUGUCUCCUCCAAGAAACAGCCCAUCUCCAGGUUGGGGUUUCCACCCUUUUUCUUUUAAAGAGUCAGGAAGAAGAAAAGGCAGAGGUUAGGCUGCAUCAUCCAAGAUGCUCCUCAGAACCUACAUUCUGCUAAUGUGGCUUGCCAAUGCCUUCGCUUCUUCCGCUUCAGCGAUCCCUCCUAACUUUACUCUCCUUCAACCCCUGCCAGAUCCUGAAUCCGUUGUCCAUGACGUCCAAAGAAGAGUGGAAGAAUCUGUGGGGAGAAAGAGGCGAAUGUUAUUGGGAGGAUAUGCGGAUUGGUCUUCAUCGCCGUCAUCAUGCCUGACUGGAAAUCCAAUAGACGACUGCUGGAGGUGUGACACCAACUGGCAGAGCAACCGGCAGCGGCUAGCUGACUGUGGGAUCGGGUUCGGGCAGAAUGCCAUGGGGGGAAAGAGCGGGCAGAUGUACGUUGUGACCGACUCGUCGGACCGCGACGCAGUUAAUCCUGCGCCGGGGACACUACGCUACGCGGUGAUACAAUCAGAGCCUUUGUGGAUCACGUUUGCCGGGAAUAUGCUGAUUCGACUCAAGGAGGAGCUGAUUGUAAACAGCUUCAAGACAAUCGAUGGUCGGGGCGCAAAUGUACAUAUUGCGGGUGGGGGAUGCAUAACGCUGCAGUAUGUGAGCAAUGUGAUUAUCCACAACAUCCACAUCCACCACUGCGUGCCUAAGGGCAAUGCAAAUGUACGGUCGAGCCCCACGCACUAUGGGUGGAGGACUAAGUCGGACGGAGAUGGGAUAUCUAUAUUCGGGGCGCGGGAUAUAUGGGUAGACCAUUGCUCCCUUUCCUACUGCGCGGAUGGCCUUAUUGAUGCGAUCAUGGGAUCGACUGGGAUCACGAUAUCCAAUAACUACUUCUCCCACCACAAUGAGGUGAUGCUGCUCGGGCAUAGCGACGGCUACCUGCCUGACUCGGCAAUGCAGGUGACGAUUGCAUUCAACCAUUUUGGGGAGGCGUUAGUGCAGAGGAUGCCGAGAUGUAGGCUUGGAUACAUCCAUGUUGUGAAUAAUGACUUCACUCAAUGGGAGAUGUAUGCAAUUGGUGGGAGUGCCAACCCCACCAUCAAUAGCCAGGGCAAUCGGUACAUGGCCCCAACAAAUCCAUAUGCCAAGGAGGUUACAAAGAGGGUGGAUACAGAUGAGAAAGACUGGACUGGGUGGAAUUGGAGAACAGAAGGAGAUGUAAUGGUGAAUGGGGCCUUCUUCGUGCCCUCAGGAGAGGGGUUAGGGGCCACGUAUGCAAAAGCUUCAAGUGUGGAGCCGAAAUCGGCAGCGCUCAUUGAUCAGCUUACGAUGAACGCUGGUGUCUUGGGUGGGACCAGGGAUAACAGUCUGAGCAUGGCGUACCCAGGAUUCAACGGUGGUGGGUCCGGUUCGGGGUCCAGCAGCAGCGGUGAUGGAGCUUACUUUGGAAUGGUAUUUGGGAGUGGCUACGGUAGCGCCGCACCACCGUCACCCUCUUUGCUUUUGUCUUAUCUAAUUAUUGUAUGGUUUUCCUUAAUCAUUUUGUACAUGAGCUUCACUCCAUGGAUUUAGAAAUUCAAAAGGCGCUAUAAUUAUCACGUCGAAAAUUUCCUUAGCCA